CUUCAUAAAUAUCCUUGUGGAUAAACCAAAAAAGAGCCCGAAAAGAUCACAAAUGAACCGGAACUAGAAGCAACUACUAAAGAAGCUAUCGGAUUUCUCUCAUAAUCGCUCCUCCAAUGUACAUCUUUAGUAAUUCCUAAUUCCUAUGACCAAUUUGUCAACCUCUGCUUAAGCAUCCCAGAAAUGGCAAUGUGAUGAUCAAUCGAUCAUACCAUUUUCAGCGGUCUUCUUUCGUUUGUUUCCGAUUGGAUUGAAGUUUAUAAUCUGCCUCCAUACCCAAGUUAGAUCUCGAAUCACUGACUUCCCCUGCUCCGAAGCUCUGCAACAGCAACUGCACCUAAAACUCUUACCUUUAACCUGGAAAGUGUAAAAUGAUUAAACAAAUCGAUACCUUCGGCUAGCUCUGUGCUGCUGUGAAAGCCAAAACGCGUCAACCGACAAAUCCUUCUUACUAGUUACUAGCAAAGCUGCUUCCUUUCCAUCUUGGGUUCCAUUCCUCGCAUCUAAAAGCCGAAAGAACCCCAAAACAUCACUCUUUGAAUCCCCUGCAAUGGCAUGGCCUUCCUCUCUCUCACUCUCCCGCCAUCUCCCCCGAUUCUCAACUCCAUCGCAGCAAUCGCACUAACCCUAUUCACCACUCUCCUCUUCGCACUAGCAUAUCCUCGAUCUCCCUCGGACCCAUCUCCCCAAAUCCGCCAAAGAUCCCUCCUCUCCCGAACCCACGACUCCCAAUUCCCCUCGAUUUCUUGCUCCGCUCUUCCCCCGUCGACCGGCCUCGUCAACUACCUCGCGAUCCACUUCUGCAUCUUCAAUGGGGAAUCCACCUUCUCCGUCCCAAUCCUCGCCCUCUUCAUCCUACUCCAAUUCUACAUUCUCAUCAAAACCGCACAAUCCCACUUCUCAAUCGUCACCACCAAGCUCGCGGGCCACCUCAACCUCUCCCCGAGCAUGGGCGGGGUCACCCUCUUGGCUCUCGGCAAUGGAGCUCCCGACGUGUUCGCCUCCCUCGCGGCGGUGAGGUCGGGCCAGUACAGGACGGGGUUCGGGGCAAUACUGUCGGCGGGUACUUUUGUUUCGGCGUUUGUCGUUGGGUUCGUGGCGAUCUAUGCGGCGCCCUUCAGUGUGGAUCCGGGCUCGUUUGUGAGGGAUGUUGGGUUCUAUCUGGUUGCGGCUAUGUCGCUGUUCUAUGUGUAUUUGAGUGGCGAGAUCAGUUUCUGGCAGGCUGCUGGGUUCGUUGGGUUUUAUCUCUUCUUUGUUGGGAUUGUGUUUUGGAUGGAUUUGGGGAUGAAUCGUGGUAAGGGUGGUGGUGGUAGAGGUAGAGGAGGAGAGCGUGGGAACAGAGAUUUGGAAGAGGAGAUGGAUUUUGAGAGUGGUGAAAAGGGUGUUGGAGGUGGUGAAAGCUUGAAGGAGGAUGGGACUGGAUUGCUUGAAAAGGGUUUUGGAAUUGGAAAGAUCUCAAACCUCUGGGAAGUCCCUGUCACGUUACUUCUGAACCUCACAAUCCCUCAACCAGCACCAUCAAAAUGGAACAGAUUCCACCAAUCAGCCAACAUAAUGCUCUGCCCUAUCGCCCUUCUCUACUCUUGCAGCUCAAUCACACCCUUAAAUCACCCCAUCUCUUUCCUCCUCUCAACAAUCCACUUCCCACUCUGGUUCAUAACCCUCCUAGCAACCUCCUCCCUCGCCUUACUCCACUUCAUCCUGCAAAACCAGCCCCCAAAAACCGAGCAACUCCCCGUCGUCCUCCUAUCAUUCCUAAUGAGCGUCUUUUGGAUAUCCACCACCGCUGCAGAGCUCUUAAACUGUCUGGCAGCACUCGGCACGAUCCUCGAGGUCGCCCCAUCCUUACUAGGGCUGACCGUGCUCGCCUGGGGAAACUCGGUUGGCGACCUGGUCGCCGAUGUGGCAGUGGCCAGAGCUGGACAGCCGGCAAUGGCGAUGGCUGGUUGCUUCGCGGGCCCCAUGUUUAACAUGCUGGUGGGACUUGGUUCGGCGUUGGUCGUGCAGACGGGUGAGAUAUAUCCCGAGGCUUAUCAGCUCCAGUUUCACAUUAGUAUCGUGGUGGCGUUUGUGUUCCUGGUGACGAGCCUGAUGGGUUCUUUACUCGUUGUUACUUGGUCGAGGUUUCGUGUUCCGAGAUUCUGGGGGUUCUGCCUCGUCGGGCUUUACGCGGUUUUCAUGGUGGUUAGCUUGCUUAUUGCCACGUUGGUGAUGUGAUUGGUUGAAAUAUUAUAUGAACAUUUUUCGAAUGCAGGAUUCUUCUCUUAGGAAAGAUUCGAAAGGCUUACACUUUACAUCGUCUCUGUAGUAUAUAGUUACACAAAGUUAUAGAGACAGUACGUUUCUAAUGGUAAAAGAAAUCCAGCAGCUACAUUGCUUUUUGUUGAGAGUCUGAUUGAUGAGUAUCUUACUGUUGCUU